CCGUUUCUCACUUUUUUCUUUAUAUCCACUAGUCAUAAAUAUCUCACAAGAAUUAGGCAAUGGCUCAAGAAAUAGCUGUGGCUGCUGGUACUGAAGUUGUAAAAGAGGCUACAUCAGAUAUAUAUGGUUUGCUUAAACAGCAGAUCUCUUAUGUGUUCAAGUACCAGAACUACAUCAACGAUCUCAAGAAACAAGUUUUGGAGCUCAGAAAUAAAAGACAGAUGGUGCAGAAACCUGCAGAGUCUGCUGAAAGACAAGGGGAAGAGAUUUAUGAACUUGUUACAACAUGGCUGAGUGACGUGCAUGAGUUCACUGAAGAGGUAGCAAAAUCUAUCAUUGAGGAUGAAGAUAAAGUAAACAAGGGCGGCUGUUUCAAAUUGGCGUCAUGUCCUAAUUUGAUUCAACGUUACAGGCUUGGCAAAAAAGCAAUGAACGCCACAAUAAAUGGUGCGGAUCUGUUGGGGAAAGGAAACUUUAGUCAUGUUUCUUACCGUCCUGCUCUACAGAGGACAGAAUCCAUGUAUGUUAGAGGGUAUGAGGCCUUUGAUUCUAGAAUGCAAGUUUUGCAGGAAAUUAUGGACACAUUGAAGGAUGUUAAUGUUAACAUGAUUGGGGUGUAUGGGAUGGGAGGUGUGGGCAAAACCACACUGGUGAAAAAAGUAGCUUGGCUGACUAAGGAAAACAAGUUAUUUGAUGAGGUGGCCGUGGCUGAGGUAACACAAACCCCAGACUACAAAAAAAUUCAAGAACAAAUUGCUUUUGAUUUAGGCCUGGAAUUUGGGCAGGAGAGUGAAUAUCAGAGAGCUGGUUUACUACGAAAUAGGAUAAAGAAGGAGAAGAAUGUACUUGUAAUAUUCGAUAAUAUUUGGACGAAAGUCGACUUGGAUGCAAUUGGAAUUCCUUUCGGAGAUGCUGAGGGAGAAAGAAAUGAUGAUACCAUUGGAAUUCAUUUGGUAGAUGCUGAGAGAGAAAGAAAUGAUGACAAGACUAGGAGAUGCACAAUAUUGUUAACUUCUAGAAGACAAGACUUAUUAUCCAAGGAUAUGAACACUCAGAAGAACAUCCAUGUUCCUCCUUUAUCUGAUAAAGAUGCAUGGAAUUUGUUUGUGAAGAUUGUGGGUGAUUUGGCAGAAAGUUCUGACUUCCAACCUAUAGCUACUGAGAUUGUAAAAAAAUGUGCAGGUUUGCCAGUGGCAAUUUCAGUAAUUGCAAAUGCACUGAGAAAUGAGAGUCUUUAUACUUGGAAAGAUGCUCUGACUCAGCUUAAAAAGUCUAACCCAAGAUGCAUUCCAGGUAUGGAUGAUACUUUGUACUCUACUAUAGAAUUGAGUUACAAAUUUUUGAAAGACGAGGAAGCACAGUCACUAUUUCUACUUUGUGCUCUAGCUGCUGAAGGUAUUAAUAUUUCUAUUGCUGACUUGCUGAAAUAUGCUUUUGGUUGGGGCUUGUUUCAAAAUGUGGAUACAUUGGAAGAAGGACGGAAUAGAUUGCAUUCGUUGAUAAAUCAUCUCAAAGGUUCAUGUUUGUUGUUGGAUGGUGACAGUAACGAUCAUGUUAAAAUGCAUGACAUCAUUCAUGCUGUUGCUGUAACUAUUGCUUCCUCAAAGUUUAUGUUUAAUAUUCAAAAUGCCACUGUUUUGGAGAAGAAAAUAUCCAAAAAAUCAGCCGCUAUAUCUCUGCCUUACAGAAAAGUUUCUUAUGAGCUUCCUAAAAGGUUGGAAUGUCCGGAACUCAUGUUCUUUUUGCUGUAUACUAGAAACCAAUCUCUUCAAGUCCCUGAUAUCCUUUUUGAAGGGAUAAAAGAAAUCAAUGUUUUAGUUUUGACCGGAAUACAUUUCUUGUCAUUACCUCCAUCUCUUUGUUGCCUAAAGAAAAUUCGAACAUUGUGUUUGGAUGGCUGCAUGCUAGGAGAUGUAGCAAUAAUUGGAGAGCUAAAUACAUUGGAGAUUCUUAGCUUUUUGAACUCUGAUAUAGAACAGUUGCCCAGUGAGAUUGGACAGUUGACGCAGUUAAAGUUAUUAGAUUUGAGCAAUUGUUUAAAGCUUAAAGUAAUUGCUCCAAAUGUCAUUUCAAGCUUGUCACAGUUAGAAGAACUAUAUAUGGGCAAUAGCUUUGUUCAAUGGGAGGCUGAUGGAGCCAAUAGUCAAGGACGAAGAAGGAAUGCUAGUCUUGGUGAGUUGAAGCGGUUGUCUAACCUAAGAGCUUUACAUCUUCACAUUCCAGAUAUCCGGGUUAUGCCACAAGACAUGUUCUUUGAGAAGUUGAAUAGUUAUAAAAUACUUAUAGGAGACAAAUGGAAUUGGUCCUAUAAAUAUGACUUUUCAACUUCAAGAACGUUAAAACUCAAGAUCAGUGCUAAUAAUUAUCUAGGGCAAGGGGUUCGAACUUUGUUGAAGAGAGUUGAAGAUCUGUACCUGAAUGAAAUGAAUGGUGUAAGAAAUGUUCUUUAUAAACUACAUGAGGAGGGUUUUCCACAUUUAAAGCAUCUGCUUGUACAAGAUGGUCUCGAGCUUUUGUAUAUUGUCAACUCAUUUACUGGCAAACUUGCGUUUCCCAAGUUGGAGGCCUUGGUCCUUCGCCAUUUGAUUAAUUUGGAGAAGAUAUGUCAUGGCCAAUUCAAUGCAGAGUCUUUCAGCAAAUUAAGGAUACUGAAAAUAGAAAAAUGUGACAGAUUGAAGUAUCUCUUUGCAUCCUCCGUGGCAAAAAACCUUACUCAGCUACAAGAAAUGGAAGUGACUGAUUGUAAGAACCUAGAAGAGAUUUUUGGUGAAGAAAGUAAAGACUAUGGUGAUGAAAUUGAAACAGAUGAUAUGAUUGAGUUCAAUCAAUUGUGUUCUCUAACACUACAACAUCUACCACAGUUCAUAAAGAUUGGAUCUGACAUGAGGGUCGUCUUUCCAAGACUGGAGAAGUUGAAACUGUGCUCAAUUAAUAUUGAGAAUACUUGGCUUGAUCAACCUUUGGCAAUGUCUUCUUAUAGUCAAUGCUUAAAAAGCUUAACCGUGGAGGAGUGUAAUGGCUUGAAAUUUUUGUUUUCAUCCUCCAUGGUCAAAAGUCUUAACCAACUCCAUAAACUUGUGAUAGGCAACUGUAAGUCAAUGGAAGUAAUAAUUGACUCAAAAAAGGAAGAAGGAGAAGAAAGGAUAAUUGAUAUGAGUUUUCCGAAACUAUUCUACCUGAAGCUUGAAGUUCUGCCAAAACUUGUGACUUUUGGCAUCGGGAAUUCAAUCGAAUUCCCGUCUUUAAAUGAACUUCAUAUUGAUGGUUGCUCUAAUUUGAAGACAUUCUUCUGCAAAUCUAUUUAUCCAGGCACGGUGAGAGAAGAACCUAAAGAAGAGUUGAACUUGGAGAACUACUUUAUUGAUAUAAACCCUCUUUUUGAUGAAAAGGUUGCUUUCCCAAGCUUGGAGGUGAUGGUACUAUUACACUUGGAUAACUUGCAAUUGAUAUGGAACAGCCAACAACUCCAUGUGGAAUCCUUUUGCAAACUAAAAAAAGUGAGAGUCAAAUUCUGUGAAAAGUUAAAGACUAUUGUUCCAUCUAAUUCGCACGGACUUCUCACCUUUCACAAUCUGAAAGAGCUAACCGUGGAAAAUUGUUGGAGUAUGAGAAGUGUCUUUCCGGUUACUAUAGCUACUGGUCUCGUGCAACUUAAUGACCUUUGUUUAGUCUCCUGUGGGUUGGAGAAAAUUGUUUCUGAGAAGGAAGUUAACGGGGCCCCUAGAUUUUUUUUUCCACAAUUAACAAACUUCCGCCUCUAUAAUUUACCAGAACUCAAAUGUUUCUACCCAGGGUUCCAUACAAUAGAGUGGCCAAUCCUAAAAUUUGUGGCUGUGUAUGGUUGCAAGAAGAUAAAAAUAUAUGCUUCAGAAUUUCCUAGCUUCCAAAGGAAAGAUGAUGGGGAAAGCCAACCUGCCAUUUUUCUGUUAGAAAAGGUCAUACCGAAUUUGGAAGCGUUGGCUUUAGAUGCGCAUGACUUCAAAUUGACAUUCCUCCACUGUGAUCUAGCUGAGAGCUUUGGAAAACUUAAAACACUUUUGCUAUGUUACUUUGAUGAUGAAUAUGUUGCUUCUCUGUCCGGUUUCCUUCAAAGGUUAAAUUGUUUGGAAUCACUUUGGUUUGUUGGUAAUAGUUUCAAAGAGCUAUUCCCCUAUGAACAAGGACAUAUAUGGAAACAAGAUUUACGAGGGGACACAUUUCUUCAAAAUCUUCAAACUCUACAAGUAGUUAGCUGCGAUGGACUAGUCAGCAUACUUACAUGCUCAGCAGCCAAAGCUCUUGUCAAUCUCACAACAACGACAAUAAGAGACUGCAAGUUAGUGAUAGAGAUAAUAGCUAAGGAGGGGGACAGAGAAGAGGAGAUUGUUUUUGGCCAAUUGAAAGUUUUGGAGCUUUAUUGUUUAUCAAGCCUCACAUUCUUUUGCUCAACCAAUUAUUCCUUUAAAUUCCCUUGUUUGGAGCAAGUUAUUGUGAGUCAAUGCCCAAAAUUAAAGAUCUUCUCUCAGGGAGUCUUAAGCACACCUUUGCUAAAGAGAGUACAAUUGACGAGAGAGGGUGACCCAGAAUAUUUUUGGAAGGAGGACCUCAACUCCACUAUCAAGCAAAUGUUUACAGAUAUGGUUGGUUUCCGUAGCUUUGAACAUUUGACACUCUCUCAAUUCCCCAACUUGAAAGAAAAAUUAUGGAAUGGUCAGACACCAAUCGACUUAUUCUGGAAUUUAAAGUCAUUAGAAGUGGAUAACUUUUCAGAUAUGUCAAGUGCUAUUCCAUCCAAUGUGUUAUGCGGCUUCAAAAAUCUGGAAAUGUUGGAUGUAAGAAGUUGUGAGUCACUAGAACAAGUGUUUGAUUUGGAGGAAAAUCGUCAAGAAAUUCUGGGCUUAAAGAAAUUGAAAUCAUUGAAAAUUGGCAAUUGCAACAGGUUGAGAUAUAUAUUUACACCAUGGAUACUGUUGGGUCUUGUUCAACUCCAAGCGAUAGAAGUGAAAAACUGUGCUUUGAUAGAAGUGAUCAUCAAAAAAGAACCGCAAAAGGAUGCAGUGAGUGAUAAAAUCGUAAUCCCUCAAUUAAACUCUGUUGUGCUUGAGUCACUGCCUAACUUGACAAGCUUCUAUUCGGGAAGUGAAAUUUUGGAAUGUCCUCCCUUGGAAACUAUUAUCAUUAAGGACUGUCAAAAGAUACAUAUGAAGGAGUUUGGUAUCCAUCUUGCAUCUCUUUUCACCGUAAAGGUUGUAUUACCCAGCUUGGAAGCAUUUUCUUGCUUCCAAAAUUUAACAAUAUUGGUCAUCGAUGGCUUUGAUCAUUUAAAAUAUUUAUUCCCAUCUUCAAUGGUCAAAAGUAUUUUCAGACUGAAGGAGCUUCAGAUAUCUAACAGUAAGUUCAUGGUAAGAAUAAUAGAUGAAGAUGAAGAGAGAUCAAGUACGAUGCUGUUUCCUAAAUUAUACGAGCUGAAGCUUAGAGAUCUUCCAAAACUCACAACAUUCAGCAACUCCACUUCAAAUUUUGUUGUAAUGCCAUCCUUAUUCAGAUUGUGGAUUGACAAUUGCCCUGGUGUUCAAACAUUCAUCUCCAGUUCUAUAUUUGGUGACAUGACAUUAUCAAGCAAAGAACAUGAAGAAACGAAUGCAAAAGAGAACUUUACUCAAAUGCAUUCUCUUUUCGAUAAAAAGGUAAGAUUCCCUAGUUUGGAGAGAUUGCAAAUUAGUUAUGCUGAUGAGUUGGUUAAAAUAUGGGACGAUCAGAUCUCUUUGGAUUCCUUCUGCAAAUUAAAUCGUGUGUUUGUACGAUUUUGUAAAAGACUUGUAAGUGUUUUUCCAUCUAACAUGUUUGGGAGUCACCAGAAACUAGAGACGUUGAUAGUAGAAAAUUGUGAUUCAGUUGAAGAGAUAUUUGAAGUGCUUGAGGAAAGGUCUAGUGAGGUGGAGGAAAUUGUUGACAAGAAGGAAGCAGUCCCUACGUUUGUGUUCUCUAACUUUGCCUUGCUAUCUCUACAGAUGCUACCGAGUCUCAAAAGUUUAUACCCAAAAGUACAUAUUUCUGAAUGGCCAAUUUUAGAAGUGAUGAAGGUAUAUGGAUGUGAUAACGUGGAGAUAUUUGCUUCAGAAUUUUUGAGCAUCCAAGGGACUUAUGGAGAAAAUCAACAACCACUGUUCUUGGUUUGCAAGGAUGCAUUCCCUAGGUUGGAAGAACUGGAGUUAUGUGAAAUGCCCAGGUUGUUGCAUCUAUGGAGAGGAAAUUCUCAGCCUAGCAAUGCUUGUCAAAAUCUGAAGACUUUGAGAGUAUCUGGAUGUGGCAGUUUAGAAAAUUCAUGGUCAUCAUCAGUGUCUUUCCAGAAUUUGGAGACUUUGCAAGUUUCAAAGUGUGAUGGAUUGAGAUAUUUACUGACCCCUUUAAAAGCUAAAACUCUGGAUCAACUUACAAGAAUGAAUGUAUCUGAUUGCAAAAUGAUGGGGGAAAUUAUAACACGUAUGGGAGAUGAAGUACUGCAAGAUCCAAUUGUUUUCAACAGAUUAAACUAUUUGGAACUGGACUGUUUGUCCAGCCUUAAAAGCUUUUGUUGUGGGGAUUAUACUCUUGAAUUCCCAUCCUUGAAAAAAGUAAUUGUCAGACAAUGCUUGAAGAUGGAGACUUUUUGUCAUGGAGUCAUAAGCACACCAGAGCUAGAAAGACUACAGUGGACAGGAGGAGAGGAUGAAGUAGAAGAAUGUUGGGAAGGCAACCUUAAUUCCACCGUACAACAUUGGUUGAAAAAUAUGAAUGUGCAGAGCUCCAAAGAAGAUUGA